AUGAAAGGGAACCAGACGGUGAUUACAGCACCCGAAGGAAAAGGCGUCAAAGACAGUGGACCAAAGGCCUUUGCCUUCGACAGGUCCUACUGGUCUUUUAACAAAGACGACCCAAAUUAUGCCGGCCAAUCGAACCUUUUCGACGAUCUGGGACUGCCCCUUCUUGACAAUGCCUUCGAAGGAUAUAACAACUGUAUUUUUGCCUAUGGCCAGACCGGUUCCGGAAAGUCAUACUCUAUGAUGGGUUAUGGAAAGGAGAUAGGUAUCAUUCCUAUGAUUUGCCAGGACAUGUUCACGAGAAUCGACGAGAUCCAAAAGGACGGCAAAACCAAGUGUACGGUCGAAGUGUCUUACCUCGAGAUCUACAACGAACGCGUGCGCGAUCUGCUUAACCCGUCAACCAAAGGCAACCUCAAGGUCCGAGAGCAUCCUUCUACUGGUCCUUACGUCGAAGAUCUCGCCAAGCUUGCUGUCAAUAGUUUCCAGGAGAUCGAACACCUGAUGGACGAAGGAAACAAAGCCCGAACAGUUGCCGCGACCAACAUGAACCAGACUUCGAGUCGAAGUCACGCUGUCUUCACUCUUAUGCUGACCCAGAAGAAACUCGAUACUGACACAAAGAUGUCAUUGGAAAAGGUCGCCAAGAUUAGUCUUGUCGAUUUGGCUGGUUCUGAAAGAGCGACAUCUACUGGUGCGACGGGUGCUCGACUAAAGGAAGGUGCUGAAAUUAACCGAUCGCUGUCAACACUGGGUCGUGUUAUUGCAGCCCUGGCUGACCUAUCUACCCCCGGCAAGAAGAAGAAAAACGCCGUCCCAUACCGAGACAGUGUCUUAACAUGGUUGUUGAAGGACUCUCUGGGUGGUAACAGUAUGACAGCAAUGAUUGCUGCCGUCAGUCCGGCCGAUAUCAAUUUUGACGAAACACUCAGUACCCUUCGAUAUGCCGACUCUGCAAAACGAAUCAAGAACCACGCUGUUGUCAACGAAGAUGCCAAUGCCCGUAUGGUCAGAGAGUUGAAGGAGGAACUAGCGUUAUUGCGGAGCAAACUCGGAGGUGGAGGUGCUGGAGGAGCAGUGGUUGCAGGAGAGACAUACGCCGAAGGCACACCCCUGGAUCAGCAGAUGGUCAGCAUCACUGGCUCAGAUGGUGUUCUGAAAAAGGUCUCGAAGGCAGAGAUCGCAGAGCAGCUGAGUCAGAGUGAGAAGCUGUUGACAGAUUUGAACCAGACAUGGGAGGAGAAGCUACUGAAGACCGAAGAGAUUCAUAAGGAACGUGAAGCAGCCCUCGAGGAACUUGGUGUCAGCAUUGAGAAGGGUUUCGUCGGCUUGCAUACGCCAAAGAAGAUGCCCCAUUUGGUUAACUUGUCCGAUGAUCCCCUUCUCGCAGAAUGUUUGGUCUACAACCUCAAGCCUGGUACCACAACAGUGGGCAAUGUCGAUACGAAUGCCGAUCACCAAGCGAAUAUUCGACUCAACGGUUCUCGAAUCCUGCACGACCAUUGUUCCUUCGAAAACGCACCAGAUGGAACUGUGACCCUUACUCCGAGUGAAGGCGCUUCAGUCAUGAUAAACGGAAAGCGAAUUACCGAGCCAUCGCAACUGCACUCUGGUUAUCGUGUUAUUCUCGGUGAUUUCCAUAUUUUCCGAUUCAACCAUCCUAUGGAAGCGAGGGCAGAACGGGCUGAGGUACCAGAGAGACCGCAGAGCUUGCUUCGCCACUCCAUUACUGCCAGUCAAUUCCAGGCCCUUGACCGAGGCUCGCCGUCGCCGAGCCCUCGUCCAGGUCACGAAAGAUCAUUCAGCAGGGUAUCCGAAUUUGGUGACUUCUCUAGACCAGAAACCCCUUCGAUAUUCCAGAGGAACGGUCGUGAGUCAGAUUGGUCACUUGCAAGACGAGAGGCAGCUGGAGCAAUUCUCGGGUCCGACCAGAAUCUGACCAGUCUAAGUGACGAAGAAUUGAACGCUCUGUUCGAGGACGUGCAGAGGGCCAGGGCUGAACGUGUGAACGUACGUGAAGAUGGCGACGACUCAGAAUCUUCGUACCCGAUCAGGGAAAAGUAUCUUUCGAACGGGACCAUGGAUAGUUUCUCGUUGGACACGGCUUUAACCAUGCCCUCGACCCCCAAACAAGGCGAACCCGAUGACAGGCUAAAAGAUGUCCGAGAAGAGCUGCAGAGCAGACUGGAGAAGCAAAAAGAAGAGUACCAGGAUCAGCUCAAAAGUGCUGAGGCUGCCAACGUUGAGAUCGAAGAGAUCAAACAAGAAAAGAUCAAGAUGGAAGCUGCACUGCAAGAGCUAAAAGAGGAUAUGCAGAAACAGCUUAAACAGCAACAGAAACAGUUCGAGGAAAAGAUGGAGAAGAUGGACCCUUUGAAGAUGCCCAAGAAGAGUCCGACUCUUUCAGAUGAAGAAAUUGAGACUGCAAAGAAGGUUGUCAAAGCCUGGCGAGGCCGUCACUUUGUUAAGAUGGCCGAGGCAGUGUUGCAAAACGCGUCUAUUCUCAAAGAAGCUCAAGUGAUGAGUCACGAACUGGAUGAGCAUGUCGUUUUCCAGUUUGCAGCUGUAGAUGUUGGGCAUGUUUUGUGCUCCUCAUACGACAUGGUGCUCAAUGGUCUUACGGGCGAAGGUGAUGAUGUUGCAUUGGAGGAGGCCCAUAAGCCAUGUAUUGGCGUUCGAGUGGUGGAUUUUAAGCAUAGCGUCGUUCAUCUAUGGAGUUUGGAAAAGCUGCAUGAUCGGGUACGGCAGAUGCGGCAAAUGCACCAGUACCUCGAUCAGCCGGAAUACGCACAGCAUCUCAGUCUCGACAACCCAUUUAUUGAGACUUGCAUGCCGUCUUAUACGCUCGUGGGCGAAGUAGAUGUGCCACUGAAGGCUGUUUUUGAGUGUCGGGUGCAAGAUUCGAUACUGGAUGUGCUAUCGCCUUACACGUCCCAUGUUAUUGGUAUUAUCAAACUUUCACUUGAGCCAUCGCAUGCUCGGGCGCCGACCAACACCGUCAAGUUCAAUGUUGUUAUGCAUGAACUCGUGGGUUUCGCUGAACGAGAAGGCACCGAAGUCCACGCACAGCUGUUCAUUCCUGGCAUCUCCGAGGAGGAUGGCAUCACGACAACUCAGAUGAUUAAGGAUUUCGAUGAGGGGCCAAUUCGAUUCGAGAGUGUUCACAGUAUGAGCAUCCCUCUGUUUGCUCCUCAGGAUGUCACACUGAGGGUCGCCAUUUUUGCCAAGGUAUCAACGAUGCAUCUUGACAAGCUGCUCAGCUGGGACGAUAUGAGAGAUGCUGUGCCCAUCAGGGAAGAUAAAGCCAAAGCAUCACGGAUCCACGAAUCGCAAUUCUUUACACAGGAGAAGCACGACCUGCUGUCUCGAAUCCAGAUCAUGGAGCUGAACGAGAAUGGCGAGUACGGCGCAGUAGAAGUUACACAAACCAGCGAGCUUGAUACUGGAACUUUUCAGCUUCACCAAGGCCUGCAAAGAAGGAUUGGUAUUAACAUUUCUCACAGCUCUGGGGAUGCUCUUCCAUGGGACGGCGUUGCUUCUGUUCGUGUGGGAAGAAUUAGGCUUGUUGACUCCGCAGGUAAAACACCUGAUAUGGGAGCCAAUGAACCUGACAUCUCCUUGAAGCUUUCGCAAAGCCCAAUUUUUCGCGAUAAUGCCAACGGCACCAAAAGCCUCACGAUAUAUACCCAGUGGGACUCCAGUUUACAUAACUCACUACUUCUUGACCGAGUAACUCAGGAUAAAUAUCGAGUUCAAAUGACUAUUUCGUGGGAGAUCAGCUCCGAGAAAUUGGCUGAACCGAUGAAGUUUUCACAAAAGGUUUGCGUACAGAUUCUGUCGCGAUCAUUUGUACGCCAGACAUCAAUGUUCUCGGCAUUGUGGCAAAAUGUCCGUUUUGUGCGGUCCUCAACUGGCAUCUUCACUCUUGCUAUGCGCCCAGCCCCCGUCAAGAAGGUUGGCGACUUGUGGCGGCUAAACAGCCAACACGACUACGUCAAGGGAGAGGAACACCUGACAAAUUGGACGCCCCGCGGUGUAUCUUUGGUCAAUGAUUUCCUCAUGGCUCGCAAAAAGAAAAGACGUGCUGCGGAUAUGGCAGUAACCGAAGCAGUCUUGGCCAAACUGGGCUUGGAUGCGGCCAGCACGACGUCUGACAAGAAGGAACCCGAACCUCAGCCUUCUCCGGAGCUGAAACCAAUUAUUCCUAGUGAUGACGACCUGCUUAAUGACACACCGGAAACUCCACUCGAGGGUGAGGAAUAUGCUGCAACAGAUGCGCCUCAAGUUGAACAAUCCGAGGAGUCACAGCAGUCUGAGGCGGAGCAUUCUGAAAAAGAGCAAGAAGAAGCACACCCCGAAACUGACGCUACUAAGCAAGACGAGUCGGAUGCGCCAGAGGCGGAAGAACUGGAAGGAGAGUCUAAGGAAGAAAUUGCAGAGGAGGUGACAUCAGAGGCACCAGAGGCAGAGGCACCAGAAGCAACGGAAGCCGAGGAAGACGAAACUAUCAAGGUUGAUGAAGUACCACCGCCACCUAAGCCAGAAUAUGACGAUGAACAAACGGAUCUUUUAACAAAGUGCCUGAAGCUUUGGAAGAAGUACCCGGAUCCUUCAGACAACAUUCUAAGCUCAACUAACAUGGCACCACCAACGGAUGGUUUAAUGGAUGACGCCCCGGUGCAGCCUACACUUGUCGCAACGGUCAUUAGGGUACCGAAGAACCCGAAGGUCCUAAAGGGCGGGUAUUUGAUGAUCCCCAACAGCGACUCGACCCGGUGGGUUAAGAGGUUUGUCGAAUUAAGACGGCCGUAUCUGCAUCUACAUUCUGCUACUGAUGGUGACGAGGUGGGACUAAUCAGCCUGCGAAACUCUCGCGUUGAUAGUCAACCUGGUGUCUUGGGUUUACUGCAAGGGCCAGCUGACUCUGGAGGUCAAGGCCAGAACGGCCAAGAUGGAGGAGCGGACUUUACACCGGGACAUCGACGAACUGGUUCAGGCCGCGUUAUAUCCACUAUCUGGACAGGUAGUGGAGGUAAUACCUCGGCAGGAGGCUCUGGUCUUCAACGCCUUCCAGAGCGUAUGCAGUCGGCAGUGUUUGCCAUUUAUGGAACGGACAACACCUGGCUCUUCGCGGCUAGGAGCGAACGUGAUAAGGUGGAUUGGAUCUUCAAAAUAGACCAGACCUAUCUAUCAGGUAACGAGAGCAUGUCUGGAAGCGGUAUGGCUAGCCCGUUCCCGGGUAGCGAUUACUAG